ACCGUUACAGGCAAACAUGACGGCGGGACGUCUAAGCUUCAUCUUGUCAUUCUGCCUGGCGUGCAGUGCUUGUGUGGCAUUAAGAGGGGGUAUGCUGACCCCCCGAGAGAACCCCACAAGAGAGCUGAAGGAGUUGAGCGGUGUUUGGAAGUUUCGGGCGGAUUUCUCUCCAAAUCGGAAGAGGGGCUUUGAAGAGCAGUGGUAUAAGCGACGACUGGAAGAGAGUGGCUCUGUGAUUGAUAUGCCUGUGCCAGCAAGUUUCAAUGACAUCACUCAAGAUGUGCAGCUGAGAGACUUCAUUGGGUGGGUUUGGUAUGAGAGAGAGGCUUCCAUCCCUCAUCACUGGACGUCGAGUGACCCUGGCCCACGAGUCCUGCUCCGUGUAGGAAGUGCUCACUAUUACUCAGUUGUUUGGGUGAAUGGUGUUCUAGUCACACAGCAUGAAGGUGGUCACCUUCCUUUUGAAGCAGAUAUCACCAGCCUGGUUCAGAGUGACCCCUCACCCUCCUGCCGUAUCACUAUUGCAGUGAACAACACGCUCAGCCUACACAGUCUUCCUCCGGGGACUGUCACAUACAAUCCAGACACAUCCAGGUAUCCACCUGGAUAUUUUGUUCAAAAUAUUGAUUUUGACUUUUUUAACUAUGCUGGAAUCCAUCGGCCUGUUAUCUUGUACACAACACCUAAAGCAUACAUAGAUGACAUCACAGUUACAACAAAGAUUAAUGAAAACAUAGGAUUGGUGUUAUACAAUGUGUCUGUGGAGGGAAGCACAGAAGCUACAGUGACAGUAACUCUGUGUGAUAAGAAGGGCAAUAAUGUUGCCACAGGCAAUACGUCUUCUGGAGCACUCAAGGUGCCUAAUGCAAAUCUUUGGUGGCCCUACCUGAUGCAUAAAGACCCCGGCUAUCUAUAUACUCUAGAGGUUCAUAUGAAGGCUAAAAGUCACAGUUAUCUUUUUGAAGAUCAGUACACUCUUCCAGUGGGCAUCCGUACUGUACGGGUCACUGAAAAUGAGUUUCUUAUUAAUGAGAAGCAAUUUUAUUUCCAUGGAGUCAAUAAACAUGAGGAUUCAGAUAUCAGAGGGAAGGGCCUGGACUGGCCUUUAAUCAUGAAAGACUUUAACCUCCUUCAUUGGCUUGGUGCCAACUCUUUCCGUACAAGCCACUACCCUUAUUCUGAAGAGAUUAUGGAUUUAUGUGACAAGUAUGGCAUAGUGGUGAUUGACGAGAGCCCCGGAGUCGGCAUCAAGCAAGUAGAAAGCUUUGAUAACCAGUCACUUAGCCAUCAUCUGGUUGUGAUGGAGGAGCUUGUUAGACGAGACAAAAAUCGCCCCUCUGUGGUUAUGUGGUCUGUUGCAAAUGAACCAGCUUCAGAGCUUCCUCCGGCUGGCUAUUAUUUCAAGACAGUGAUAACCCACACCAAGGCUCUGGACCCCACACGACCAGUAACGUUUGUGUCAAACAGUCACUUUGCCCGAGAUAAAGGAGCUCCUUACGUUGAUGUUAUUUGCGUAAACAGCUACUUUUCUUGGUAUCAUGACCCUGGCCACCUGGAAGUUAUCCAGAUACAGCUGAACACUCAGUUUGAGGACUGGUAUAAGACGUAUCAUAAACCGAUUAUUCAGAGUGAAUACGGCGCUGAUGUUGUUCCUGGUUUACACAGUGAUCCUCCCUUAAUGUUUACAGAAGAAUAUCAGAAAGCUGUCAUGCAAGAAUACCAUGCAGUUUUUGAUGUAAAAAGGAAAGAAUAUGUAAUUGGAGAGCUCAUCUGGAACUUUGCUGACUUCAUGACAGUCCAAUCCACAACCCGGGUAGUUGGCAACAAAAAGGGCAUCUUCACUCGCCAGCGCCAGCCCAAGGCAGGGGCUUUCAUCCUGAGGGACCGAUACUGGAAUUUGGCUAACGAAACUGGGCAACUUCCCCCAAGGAGCAGGUUUCCUUAAGUUGAGACUAGUAGCCUGGAAGUUUUAGAAAGAAAUGAUCAUCUAUAUUUAGUAAAUGACAUUUUUGUGUGUUUGUAAAAAGAAAGGUUUGGAUAUUUUUAUCAGGGAAAAGUCCACAAAAGUUUGCAGAUUUUAACGUUGUACACUGUGCACAUCUGUUUUGUUACAGUUUUUGUAAAUGAACAGAUAUAAAUAUAUACAAGGGGGGGGGAGGAACCCAAAAAUUCCUGAAAUUAUAAAAAAAAUAUAUAUAUUUAAUACAGAGCAAUUCCCUUUUAGUCACUGUCACAAUACUCCCUCUGGGAUGCAGUAUACUUGUCCCUGCGCUACUUCUAUUUCUGGAAACAUUUGUGUUAAUCGUUUAUUGUUUGUGUCUUUCGCCUAUGGUGAAUUUUCUUUUUCUUGUAUUUCUAAUACGGCAGCAAAUUGUCUUUCCUUCAGUCUAAAUUUUAAGAAGUUACAGGGACGAAAUAUGGGAGGUGUGAGGCAGCAGCUACAUUUUCUUUUGGUUUGAAACUCUUAGA